CACAAAAGUAGUGGACUGAGCCUUUAAUAAUAGGCGUCUGUAGCGCGGGUAACUCUCAUCUUUGAAGAAAACAAUUUGCAGCACCCACAAACUACUUGCAGUGGCUAUGGACUCGACUGUUUCUCCUGGUUUCAAUAAUACUGUUAUUAAAAAGAGAAAGUAGAAGUGUCUAGUAGCUAGAGAACCUGUUCAGAACAGGGGUUGUCUUACAACGACAUAGACAGGGCUCUAUACUCCAGAACUAAAACCCUCCCCUGUACACCGGAGGCACCACAACAGCAGCGCAGCGAAAAUUCACAAGGUGCUUUUGGACGGUUCAAGGGACGCACAAACGCUCAACAGUGAAAGAUGAAGAUGCUGUGGUAUCUGUCUGCUCUGCAGCUGUUCCUGGCUCCAGCUCUGAUGCUGCCCAAUGGGGACUACUGGGAGGAAUGGAGUCCCUAUGGAGAAUGUAGUCGGAGCUGUGGGAGUGGGGUUACCAUGAGAACCAGGAGAUGUGUCAGCCAGAGGACUGACGGAGGGAAUAACUGUGUGGGACCAGACAAGUCCUACAGCUCCUGUAAUAUCCAGGACUGCCCAGAGGGAUCUCGGGACUUCAGAGAGGAGCAGUGUUCUCAGUUUGAUGGAUCUGACUUCCAGGGAAAACGCUACAAAUGGCUCCCAUACUAUGGAGCCGACAACCUGUGUGAGCUGAACUGUAUGCCCAGAGGAGAGAACUUCUUCUACCGCCACAGGACUGCUGUGGCCGACGGCACGCCCUGCCACCCCGGGAGGAAGGAUGUUUGUGUUGAUGGAGUCUGUAAGCGUCUGGGCUGUGACAACAUGCUGGAAUCCCCCCAGCAGGAGGACCCCUGUCUGCAGUGUGGGGGCAACGGACAGUCCUGCUACCCCGUCAGGAGCACCUUCAGCAUGACCAACCUGCCCAAAGGCUAUAACCAGGUGUUUAUCAUCCCUGUGGGAGCCACCUCCAUCCACAUCAAAGAGACUGUUGCCACUCGUAAUUACCUGGCCAUUAAGAACCUGCGUGGUGAGUACUACCUGAACGGCCACUGGGUGAUUGAGUUCUCCAGGGCCACUCCAGUAGCAGGCACCAUGCUAUACUACCAGAGAGGGGCUGAGGGAGAGAUGACUCCUGAGACCAUCAUCGGUCGUGGACCCACCACCGAGCCGCUGGUUAUAGAGUUGAUCAUCCAGGAACAUAACCAGGGAGUAGAGUAUGAGUACUACCUCCCUAACGGUCGGUCCAGAGAGGGAUACUACUGGAGCUUCGGCUCCUGGUCUACCUGCAGCAGAGAGUGUGGAUCAGGCUACCAGUCCCGUCUGGUGUUCUGUGCCAUCGAUAACGAGGCCUACCCAGACUACCUGUGCACCGCCCUGCCACGCCCCCUCACCAACCGCACCUGCAACCCUCAGACGUGCCCUCAGACCCGUCGGAUGGCGUACCUGUAUCAGCCAAAUGCGUGGACGCCCUCUGAAAGCCCCAGAACAUAUGUGUACAGCUGGACAACAGGUGAGUGGAACGCAUGCUCAGUGUCGUGCGGCGGUGGUUCCCAGGUGCGCAGCGUGCAGUGUGUCUCCCAUGAUGCAUCGGGGCCCCGCGUGGUGGAGGACGGCGUCUGUGCAGCCUACACUCCAGCCCCGCCCACCCUGCAGACCUGUAGCAUGCAGCGGUGUGCCUCCUGGAGGGCCUCUGCCUGGAGCGCGUGUUCAGUGACAUGUGGGACAGGGGAUCAGUCCAGAGAGGUGAUGUGUGUAGGAGAAGCAUCAGUCCAGCUAGCAGACACCUCCUGCUCCGCCUCACUCCGCCCUGUAGCCGCCCAGCCCUGCUCCAUGCCCGCAUGCAUACUGGCUGUCAGCUGGCACGUUGGAGACUGGGGACUGUGCUCUAAGAGCUGUGAGUCAGGUCUGCGUGAGCGCCAGGUGAUGUGUUCUGACAGAGAGAGGAACCUGUACCCAGUGGAACGUUGUAACUCUGUCCCCAAACCCCUCACAUUGGAGACCUGCAACACACAGCCCUGCUACCACCCACAAGCGACCCCCAGUAUGCAGGAUCCCAGAACACACAUGACAACACCACAGUACUUGGUCCUUCAUCCAUCUGUCUAUCCAUCUGUCCAAGUCAUUGUCAGACUUUCAUCCAUCUGCCACAGGUCCCCUUGUAAUCCCAUGUUUCUGUCAGUCCACAGACCAGACAGUGUUGACCCCCAGACCAGCACAGUGUACCACCCUCACGGCUUCGGGCCGGCCCAACACUGUAGUCAGUCCUACUACGGCUGCUGCCCAGACGGCGCCACGGCAGCUGGGGGGGCAGGGGGUCUAGGCUGCCCACAGGUGUCCCGCUGGGCUCCACGCCCCGAGCAGGCUUUCUGCACAACCACCAGGUAUGGAUGUUGCAGGGAUGGUGUGACUGUAUCACAGAGGCCCAACAGGGAAGACUGUCUGGAAUAUGUUCCUCAAGCUCCUCCUCCAGCUGAGAACAGUAUCCAGUGUCGGCUGACCACAUACGGGUGCUGUUUCGACCGUAUGUUCGUAGCCGCAGGUCCCAAUGGAGAAGGCUGCCCCAACCCACCAUACAACGUUCCCAGAACCACCUGUUCUCUGCCCAAGGCAGCCGGCUCCUGCAGUGGCUGGACGGGCCGAUACUUCUACGACGUCACCGCCUCCAGCUGCUCCCACUUCUGGUACGGCGGCUGCCACGGCAACAACAACAACUUCCUGACGAUUGCCGAGUGCCAAAGGACGUGCCCCGUUGCCCAGGUCAACCAGAUGAGCCAACCCAGUAGCCAAUCAAUCCAGACGAUUCAGCUGAGUCAACCCAGUCAGCCCGGAACAGGUCAGGACAAGGUCUUGACGGUGCAGCGCGGCAGCUCAAGGGGCUCAACCGGCAGGCGCCAGGGGACCAGCGCUGCCGACCACGCCCACCGGGCCAGAGUCCAUGUCCGCCGCCCCGCCCCCUACGGCGUCCUGCACACCCACCCUGCAGCGAGGUAAGAACCCGAGGACCGUCCAGGGGCGUCUAGCCAUGCCCACCCCUGCUGCCUCCGCCCGCUGCCCCGCCCGCGCGCUGCCCCGCCCACAGUCCCGCCCACAGCCCCGCGCUGCCCCGCCCACAGCCCCGCGCGCUGCCCCGCCCACAGCCAGCCGCCUGGCUAGGUGACGCUUCAACCCUGAGAAGGAAGCUGAGAUGAGCCAGUGAGAAACAAAGAAGCUUAACAACAUCCCACGGACCAAAGACAGACUUACACACACACACACACACACACACACACACACACACACACACACACACCCACAUGUUAACAGGAUGUAUACAGUGAGCUCUAAAAGUAUUGGCGCAUUUGUUGUUGUUUUGGCUCUGUAUUCCAGCACUUUGGAUUUGAAACGAUACAAUGACUAUGAGGCACAAAUAUCAUAACAGCCCCUUGUAAUGGUGAGAGGUUAGCAUGUCAUAGGGGUAUGAAAUGAAAUGCUAACCUCUCCUGUUAUUGUAAUGGUGAGAGGUUAGCAUGUUGUAGGAGUAUGAAAUGAAAUGCUAACCUCUCCUGUUAUUGUAAUGGUGAGAGGUUAGCAUGUUGUAGGGGUAUGAAAUGAAAUGCUAACCUCUCCUGUUAUUGUAAUGGUGAGAGGUUAGCAUGUUGUAGGAGUAUGAAAUGAAAUGCUAACCUCUCCUGUUAUUGUAAUGGUGAGAGGUUAGCAUGUUGUAGGGGUAUGAAAUGAAAUGCUAACCUCUCCUGUUAUUGUAAUGGUGAGAGGUUAGCAGGUAUUGGGGGUAUGAUAUGAAAUGCUAACCUCCCCUGUUAUUGUAAUGGUGAGAGGUUAGCAUGUCGUAGGGGUAUGAUAUGAAAUGCUAACCUCUCCUGUUAUUGUAAUGGUGAGAGGUUAGCAUGUCGUAGGGGUAUGAUAUGAAAUGCUAUCUCCCCUGUUAUUGUAAUGGUGAGAGGUUAGCAUGUCGUAGGGGUAUGAUAUCAAAUGCUAACCUCCCCUGUUAUUGUAAUGGUGAGAGGUUAGCAUGUCGUAGGGGUAUGAUAUGAAAUGCUAACCUCCCCUGUUAUUGUAAUGGUGAGAGGUUAGCAUGUCUUGGUGGUAUGAUAUGAAAUGCUAACCUCCCCUGUUAUUGUAAUGGUGAGAGGUUAGCAUGUCGUAAGGGUAUGAUAUGAUAUGCUAACCUCUCACCAUUUACAAGGGGCUGUUAUGAUAUUUGUGCCUCAUAG